UCGCCAAGCUGGAGCGAACGUCAAAAAGUGCCACGGAUUGUGUUUUGAUAAAGGUUUUCUCGUUGUUUCGGCCGCCGACUGCCAGAAAACGACGGACCUUUCUUGAAAUGAAGAGGCGUAUUUGAUCCUGAAUCGGCCGACACGCACUAAAGAAAAAAUGCCUCUGCCAGGAAACGGAAUCUACGUGGUCCAGGGGGAGAUCUCCACCCUGUUGACCGCGAUGCGUAGAGGGGUCAGAUGGUCCUCACACAGCUAUGUGGACGAAGAGCAAGAUGCUCUUAUGAGGAGUUUCACCGACCUGAAAGAUGUGCUAAACCAGAUAGGUGAUCUACGGGAACUGGACCCUAAUCACUUUUUGGGCCCUUUUCUGGAAGUGAUCAGAUCAGAAGAGACGACGGGACCCGUCACCAGCCUCGCGUUAUCAGCGGUCAAUAAAUUAUUGAGUUACGGACUGAUAGAUCCCAAGGGCCGCAGCAUUCCGGCGACUGUUGAAAAUAUUGCAGACGCAGUCACUCACGCAAGAUUUGUCGGCACAGAUCAAGCAAGUGAUGGGGUUGUCCUCAUGAAAAUUCUUCAAGUUCUCAGAACGCUCAUUUUGCAUCCUGGCGGCGUGAGCCUGACGAACGAGAGCGUCUGUGAAAUCAUGCUGAGUUGCUUUAGGAUAUGCUUUGAAACGAGAUUGAGUGAGCUGCUGAGAAAAUCGGCCGAGCAUUCUUUGAAGGACAUCGUGCAGCUUUUGUUCUCUCGGCUCCCAGAGUUUGCAGAUGAUCAUAGGACCUCAGGGAAGAAGCUGAAAAUGAGAGCGAACAGUAUGGAUGCAACCAAUCGCAAGCAGAAAAAGAGUAAAGUGAGCUUUCGUACAAAAUCAAAAGCAGCCAAAGGAAGCGAGGAGAGCGCUGCACACGAAAAGGAAGCUAGUCAUCCCGAGAAAAUGAGAGACGUUGAAAAAACGCCAGAGCCAGCGGCAGAGAGUCCGCAACCUGAAACCCUCGCUGUGUCCAAAAAACAGCAGCAUCUGUCCACGACCCCGCUCACUCCCGCAGGCAAUAUUGUGGACAUGCAGGGCGAAUUCCACCGCUCGCCCAGCAUCCCUGAGGAGGAUGCUUCUGCCGAGAGGGCUGCCUUGGAUUCGAGCGGAGACUCUGGGCCUGGAGAAACCGCUCAGGAUGACCUGAACCCAGACAGUGACAAGGCAGAAAAUGUCAUGCCCAGUCCAGAUGUCGACUGCGGACCCUGCGUUGUAAUCACGAUGGAGGAUGCGUUAGAGGAAGAUCCUACGGCUGCGGUCCAGAACAGUGCUGAAGGAAUCGCAGAAGCGUCAGCGGAAUCAGGCCUAGCAACGCCCGAUUCAAAUAGAGAAGAUUCAAAGCAAGAUGAGUUUAUUCCCGACAUUGAAACAGGCAGGCUUGAGGAGGAGCCAAAAGAGAACGAGAAAACGCUUCAGUCAGAUUCCAAGCUGCAGGACUAUGUCAAUGAACAAGGCGUCAUUUUCAUGGCCCAAGACAUUGGAACUGAAGUUGAUUCAGCACCUCUGAUUCCUUAUGGAAUCGCUUGCGUGAGGGAACUAUUCCGCUUCCUUGUUUCUCUCUGUAAUCCGCUCGACAAGCAGAACACGGAGGUCAUGAUCCACACUGGACUCACACUUUUGACAGUUGCGUGUGAAAUCGGGGCCGAUCACAUCAGCCGCUACAGCUCGCUGCUCAACCUGAUCAAGGAUGAUUUGUGCAGAAACCUCUUCUCCUUGUUGAGUUCAGAGCGUCUCUCCAUUUUCGCCACCACUCUUCAGGUGUCUUUCCUCAUGUUUGAGUCGAUGCGAACUCAUCUCAAGUUCCAAUUGGAGCUCUACCUGAACAGAUUGAUGGACAUCAUCGUGUCUGACUCACCAAAAACUCUAUACGAACAGAAGGAGAUGGCUCUGGAAUCUGUCGUUCAACUGUGGAGAAUUCCUGGUUUAGUGACGGAACUGUAUUUGAACUACGACUGUGAUUUGUACUCCCCAAAUUUGUUUGAAGACCUCACCAAACUCCUUUCUAAAAAUGCGUUCCCUGUAGCUGGUUUGUAUAACACGCACCUUCUUUCCCUUGAUGCUUUGCUUACAAUUAUCGACGCGAUUGAAUGCCACUGCCACAACAGAAUUUUAAAUCAGAGGCAAGAAGUUAAAGGUGAUACUGAUUCGCCACUAGCAGAUGAUUCUUUAAAAGCUCUUGUUGAGCAGAGUCCAGCUUUUGUCUUCCGAAAUGGCCGACAAAAGGUGUCAAAAAAUAUUCCCAGCCAUGAGCAACUGAUGGCCAUAAAGUGCAAAAAGAAGCUUCUUGCCACGGGCACUGAGCAUUUCAAUGCCAAAGCAACCAAGGGCAUUUCUUUUCUUGAAGAAAACCACUUGCUCUCCAAUGCUCUGGAUCCCAACGACAUUGUGGUUUUCCUGAAAGAAAAUCCAAAGUUGGACAAGAAAAUGAUAGGAGAGUACAUAAGCAAUAGGAAAAACCUUAAAGUGUUGGAAGCAUUUGUGAAAUCGUUCGAUUUUGUCGAAUUGCGGAUUGAUGAAGCAUUGAGGCUUUAUCUUGAGACAUUCCGAUUGCCAGGCGAGGCUCCCUUGAUAUCCUUAGUCUUAGAGCAGUUUGCAGACCAUUGGCAUAAAUGCAACAACGAGCCUUUCGCCAAUGCGGACGCUGCGUUCACCCUGGCCUAUGCUGUGAUCAUGCUGAACGUUGACCAGCACAAUUACAACGUGAAGAGACAGAGUAUUCCCAUGACUCUGGAGCAGUUCAAGCGGAAUUUGAAGGGGGUCAAUGGCUCGCUGGACUUUGACGAAGAAAUGCUGGAUGACAUUUACGAGUCGAUAAAGAAAGAGGAAAUCGUAAUGCCUGCCGAACAAACUGGCCUUGUGCGAGAAAACUACUUGUGGAAAGUUUUGCUGCGUCGCGGUGCCAGCAAGGAGGGCGUCUACAUCCACGCCCCGAACGGUCUUUUUGACCACGACCUGUUCUCUCUCAUCUGGGGUCCGACGGUGGCCGCGCUGAGCUUUGUUUUUGACAAAAGCAACGACGCCACCAUCUACCAAAAGUCCAUCUCGGGCUUCAGGAAGUGCGCCAUGAUUUCAGCACACUACGGCAUGAGCAACGACUUUGACAACUUGAUCAUCUCGCUAUGCAAGUUCACCACUUUGCUGAACACCUCUGAGACACCAGACAACCUGACAAUCUCCUUCGGAAGCAACACCAAGGCCAUGUUGGCUGCCAAGACGGUUUUUAACCUAGCGCAUCGACAUGGAGACAUCCUGCGAGAGGGAUGGAAAAACGUCCUCGACUGCCUUAUUCAGCUCUACAGGUGCAAGUUGCUGCCGAAAGCGUUGGUGGAAGCUGAGGAUUUCAUCGAUCAGUCCGGCAAGAUCUCGCUAAUCAGAGAAGAGCUUCCUCUUCAGAAAACCGAAACGGGUCUUCUGAGUUCCCUCUACUCCUACCUCUCUUCAGAACCUGCGAAUUACAAGGGUCCGUCUCCUGAAGACCAGGAGUACAUAAAACAGGCUCAGCACUGCGUGCGAGAGUGCCACUUGGAGCACCUGGUGACCGAGUCCAAAUUCCUGCGUCUUGAUUCCCUCCAGGAAAUGGUCAAGGCUUUCAUCAUCGCCUGCCACGGCCCUGACGGGCAUGUGACGUUGGAAAGUUCAUUUGACGAGGACGCAGCCGUCUUUUUCUUGGAGAUGCUGAUAAAAAUCGUCAUCCAAAAUCGGGAUCGGGUCAGUACGAUUUGGUCAGCAAUCAGGGACCACAUCUACAGUCUAAUCAUGGGAGCUUCAGCCUGUGACCAUCACUUCCUGAUGGAACGUUCGAUUGUUGGACUCUUGAGGCUUGCUAUCCGUCUCAUGCGAAGGGAGGACAUGAGCCCAGUGGUAUUGCAGUCGCUGCGAAUGCUUUUGUUAUUGAAGUCGCACACUCUGUACAGAGUGUCGCGUCAAAUCAGCUUUGGCCUCUAUGAGUUGUUGAAGACGAGUGCUUCAAACAUACACACCGAAGCAGACUGGGCUAUCAUUUUCAACCUUCUGGAGUGCGUCGGAGCUGGUGGACAUCCGCCCAAGAUCGUCGGCGACAGCAGUCAGCCCUCCAGUGAUCAAGGUGGUGCCAAGUCUGACGGCGAGAUCCAACCUAUCAACACGUCGGAAACCAGCGGAAUCGAACGAGGCUACACCUCUGACUCUGAGCUUCAGUAUGGAGAAAGUCUUAAAUCCAAGCAAACGCCUCCCAGGCCUCUGAGUCCCGGAGAAACGGCUCCAAGCGGUUGCAGUAGCCCUGGCGGAUGGAUUCUGGUUGGAAAAGAAGGUGAUAUCCAACCCGUGCAGGUGAAGCCUUUCCCUGUGAACCAGUGCAGUAUUGUCCACGAAAGGGAGUUGCUGGCGCACGAUUCGCACGCUCUAGUCAAGUGCGUGGAGAGUCUGGCCUUCUUGGUCCGAGACGUCGCCCACAUCACGCCGUACAACUUUGAGAACUGCGUUAGAUGCAUUAGGACGUUUGUUGAGGCCAGCAUCUUGAGCAACGACAAAAAAGUUGCAGGGAGGCUCGGCAGCGUCGGGAGGGACCCUAAGCUGAAGAAAAAGUCCGCCUCCAAGAAAAGGCUGGAGUCGCAUCGCAGCAGGGAAAGAGCCUCCAACCCAUAUGAUGCGGAUGAGAGCGACCCUGAGGACAUCCCAAGCAGCUACCAACAAGUUUCGAUACAGCUGCUGGACUUGAUGCACACACUGCACAUCCGCACAGCUCAGAUUUACAAAUCGUGGUCUGCAGAACAUGGGGACAUCUCUUGCAAUUCGCUCUGGUCAAUAGGGUGGUGCCCUCUGCUGCAGGGAAUAGCAAGGCUAUGCUGUGAUAACCGCAAGCAGGUGCGGACAAGCGCGAUUACUUAUCUGCAGAGAGCACUCCUGGUACCUGACCUGCAGACGUUGUCGGCUGCUGAAUGGGAAUCGUGUUUCAACAAGGUCCUCUUCCCCCUGCUUGCUAAGUUGUUGGAACCUGCUACCAACAGCGAGGUUGAUGAUCCAGCAGGAAUCGAAGAGACAAGAAUGAGAGGAGCCACGGUGUUAUCAAAGGUUUUCCUGCACCAUUUGACUCCCUUGCUAUCACUGCCGACGUUUACAGGCUUGUGGCUGACGAUUCUCGAUUUCAUGGACAAGUACAUGCACGCAGACAAGUCGGACCUUCUGAGUGAAGCUAUAACUGAGCUCUUAAAGAACAUGCUCCUUGUGAUGGACUCGGCGAAGGUGUUCAACAGUGACGAUGGCUACUCUCAGUUGUGGACCGUCACCUGGGAGAAAAUCAACACAUUCCUGCCGCACCUGCGAGAAGACUUGUUCAAGUCGCACCCGUCGGUGGAGGAGCAGAACCGCGGCCCGUCGCCGACCAUGCAGAGCCCGCUGCCUGGCGAAGUCUCUCCCCCGCCAGCCAGUCCUCCGCCGCCGCCGCAAAGCGCAUCGCCACAGGCAGACGCAGCAGCCCGGCCUUCCAGCAUCAUUUUGCAGCCGCCGAUGCAGACGAUUUCAACUCCGAUUUUCAGUCCAACCACGCAGCCUGUGCAACUCAAUGCAGUUGCAAGUGCACCGCCAGCUUUGCAGCAGAGCCCCGAAUCCCCAGACCCUGCGGCAUUCCCCUUGUUUCCCUCUACCUACCCGCUCACAACCCCGUACUUCAUGCAGGCUGGCGUCUCGAACGCAGUCUACCCGCAGCACCAGUACCUAGGCCCCAGUGGCUUUUAUGACCAUUUUCAACAGUCGCAGCAGUACGUGCCAGUAAAUCUUCCUGUGGCGUCAUCGCCAAUCCAACCCGCGCUGAACGCGCCCAACAACGUGGCCGUGUCAACGCCGAGCGUGGGCUUGCUGCUCGACCCCAACCUGAUGAAGGGCACCAGUUUGCCUGCCCUACAGAUCGUGUCUCCGCCUGCCCCACAAAGAGAGGCAAACUAAUUUCGAGAUGACACGGAAUAAUGGACACAACUUCUAGAGUUAGCCGUACCAGUGAUAAUUUGAUGUUAUACAUAUAUAUUCAGCUGUUAUACAUAACCCUAAUUUACACUUUGUAAGAGUUGAAAGUCCCGCACUGUGAAGCACUUCUUGUUUUCUACAAUUAAAGAGACAAAUAACCGCAAUUUAAUUGUAAAAAAUGUGAAACGGGAUCAUUGUUAACAUGUUAUGUGGUUAUGAAUUUUUUUAAAUAAUUGUCGGUAUUAAAAUUUUCAAACUCAAUAAA